AUGCAAAAAGAUAAUUCCGCAUGUGAAAUCAAAAGGGCUUCACAUGUGGAAUCAUCUUUUCACACGUGGAAAAGAUUCCAUAUGCAGGUUGCAAUGUUCAAAAACAAGCAACUAACGAUUGUUAUCAAAAAUUGGGAAGAUGUGCCUAAUGAAGUUGUUAUUAGAGGCUUUGAGACGAUAUGAAGAUACGAGAUCAACCAUCCAAGUGCUUUAGUCAUCAACCUGGGCUUAAAAACUCAAUAA